AGUAGUAGAAGAAAACAAAGAAGAGAGAGUUCUGUGUAGAAGAAACAAGUUACUAAAUUAUUAUCAUGGAUCGUUUCACACAACCUUAUUUUUUAUUCUCAUUUUUUUCUUCAUUUCUUCUCUUUAGUUUUAGCUUUGCUGCUUUCGAUUUAGCCACUAUACCAUUUCAUGAUGGGUUUACUUAUCUAUGGGGAAAGGAAAACGUUAUUCCAUCGCUUGAUGGAAACACCGUAAAACUGAUUAUUCAUGAACACUCUGGUUCUGGAUUCAAAUCCAUUGAUAUGUACACCAGUGGAUUUUUUAGUGCGGAAAUAAAACUACCAUCCAAUUAUUUUGCUACUGCUGGUGUUUGUGUCACCUUUUAUACCACAAGCAUUGAUGUCUUCGAUAGAAGAAGGCAUGACGAACUUGAUUUUGAAUUCCUGGGUAAUAAAGCUGGAAAACCAUGGCAGUUCCAAACAAACUUGUUUGGAAAUGGAACUAGUGGUCGUGAGGAGCGUUACGAUCUCUGGUUCGACCCAACCAAAGAAUAUCAUAGAUAUAGCAUUCUCUGGACAGAAAUAAAUAUUAUAUUUUUUGUUGAUGAAAUUCCAAUUAGAGAAGUGUUACGGAAUAAGCAAAUGGAAAAUAAUUACCCAUCCAAGCCGAUGUACUUGUAUGCUACUAUAUGGGAUGCAUCAAAAUGGGCCAUACACGAAGGAAAUCGCAAAGUGGACUAUAGUUACGGUCCUUUUAUAGCUACAUACAAGAAUUUAAUUCUCAAGGGUUGCAUUUUUGAUCCUAUUGAAGUUCCGGAUGACGAAUUUUGCUCAGAAAAUCUUAAAGCUCAAGAUUACGCCAUCAUGAACCCCUUGCGCCGCCUCAAAAUGCAAAACUUCCGCCAACGUUUCAUGUCCUACUCAUAUUGUUAUCAUACAUAUAGGUACCCUGUCCCACCACCAGAGUGUGUUAUUGUUUCAAAAGAGAAACAAAUGUUUAAUGAGAAUGGAAUGUUAAAAGUGGGUCGGAGUCGUCGCCGACAUUCUAAGCGGAGAGGUCGAGCUUCAACUACAAUGGGUCACAUGAUGUUUUGAUUAGAUAAGUAGAUUAAUGUCAAUUUUUUUUAGCUUUUUGUAAAUAUAAAUUAUUUGCUAUGAGUUAAUAAAAGA